CUUUGGCUUACCUGUAGCAAAGCAGGCACCAAGCGCUGACCCUCGCCAUGGCCCUGCAACUCGCUUUCUGCUUCUUUGGUGUAGCGACCGCCCAGCGUUGGCUGGUCCCCAUCUCACAUGAGCACCACAAGCCGACGGUGGACACCAGUGUGUUGGGCAAUUUGAAGGAGACCAAAGUCCUAGAGAAGAAACAACUGGAUCUCAGCAUCACUCGUUCUCAUGCGUUGGUGGCACAGCUGGAGGUUGGGACACCCGCGCAGAAGAUGUCAUGUCUUUUGGACACGGGCAGUGCAGAUUUGUGGAUCCCAUCAAAGCGCUGCAAGAGUUGCGAGACUGAGCACCUCUUCCAUGCGGACCGUUCGAGCACCUUUAGCCCCGAACUGGUGAAGACGCUCUCUGGGCACCAAGCACCAGUGCCCGUGCACCUGAGCUAUGGCACAGGUGAUAUCGUUGGCUACAAGGUGGAGGAUACCGUUCUGUUUGGAGGAGCUGAAAUUAAGAAUCAAAGCUUCAUUAUCGUGGAAGAUGCGCAGCUGCCUCGACAGCGCGGCUGGGAUGGCAUUUGCGGCUUAGGUUGGAAGGGCAUCGCCCAGUUGGAGAAGCCCCUCUACGAGCGGCUUCAGGAUCAGGGCCGCAAGGCGAUCUUCUCCUUCGUCCCAGAGGGCACUUCAUCGGCUCAUAUGGUCUUGGGACAGGUGCCGCACUACGCAGUGAAGCCAGGCACUUUGGUCUGGACCGAUGCUGAACCUUUGGAACGAGGCCAUGAUGGGCGGAGCUUCUGGGUGGCCCGUGGGGGCAUUGCGGUGCACAAGCAGACACCGCACAAAGCGCGCUUUCUGGUGGACACAGGAACCAACCAAGUCCUUCUGGCACCACGGCACUUGUACAUGAGCAUCAUGCGCUCGGUGCUCCCACAGGAGAAGUUUAAUGAGCUUUGUGGUAUAGAUGAGAUGGCUGGAGGAGCCGUCUUCUGCGACUGCUCCAUCGUGGCACACUCCCAUGAUCUGCCGCCGCUCAAGAUCUUCCUGGCAGACCGGGCCUUUGAGCUCCCCAUCGGGGAGAUGUUCAGCCGGAUCCCCACGAAGGACGGCCGAGGGGAGGCAUGCCUCUUGGCCGUGCAGCCCAACAACUUGAACGUGGAAGCCAGCGGCUCAAUGCCCAUGCCCUUGCCCUUCGGAGGUCUUGGAGGACUUCUUCCAAAGAUGCCUGGCUUCAACCUUCCCUUCGAUCUUCCCGACCUCUUGGGCGGUGGUCUGCCUGGCUUCGGCCACAGCGGCUCCGGCCUGGGCCACGGACCGAGCCCAGCCGCGAGCGGACUGAGCACACCCGGACCGAGCGCAUCGGGCGCUGCGUCCUCGCCCUUUGGAGCGGGGUUCCCGGGCUUCGAUGGGAAGUUCCCGGGCUUUGAUGGGAAGCCCUUUGGUUUGGGUAUCGGAAAGCUGGGCAAGGGCGUCCUGUCCGAACAGGUGAGGGAGGAGAUCCGCACGCGGCCUGAUGGCACCGUGUGCAAGUACAUCACCGUCACAGAGAACGGCCACGUGAAGAGCCGACGAGAAGAUUGUGGCAAACCCGGUAGUGACGUUCGUAGGUUGCAGCUGGUGGUGCCCAUGGGAGGUAUCCUGGAAAUUCCAUUGGAUCCCGCCGGAGAGGAGGAGCCAGCAGAUGAUUUGUGGAUCUUGGGAGGUAUGUUCUUGGAGAGGUUUGUCGUCUCCUUCGACUUUGACCAGGGUCGCAUGGGCUUUGCCGAGCCGGUGGGAAAGACUCAGGACCUGGACACCAUCGGCAUGGCCCUGCGGCUCCGGGGCAUGGCCUCGGAGACCCGCUGGCAAGAGUCAAUGGGAAAGUUCGCAGCAGGCGUGCUGCUUUGCAGCUUGUUGGUCUCAGUGGUCUAUGCCACCGUGCGCGUGAAGAGGAUGGCUCGCGAGGAGCACUUGGUCGAGCACAUGAGAGUGGAAGUGGCCGAAGAGGAGACGGAGGGAACUUGGGACUGGAAAACAGGUCGAGGCCGCUGAGGCCCAACAGGUGACUGUUCGAAGAAGGAAGAACAAGGCCGUGCAGGAAGUCUGGCUGAUGUGCACAGUAGCUUGGCCCUGGUGAAUCUGAGGUAAACGGAGG